AUGACCUUCAGGUUCCAGUUUGUCUUAGAGUCUGAAGGCAUCAGCCACCUUCAACCCCUUCAGCAUCUGUCCCAGCGCAACGCCGUGGGCUUUUUCUCCCCAGCCACUGCCAUUGCCGAAGUAAUGGAAGUGACUCAACCAGCAAUGGUACUGGCCAACAGGCAAGGAGUCGCCAGAUUGGUGUGUAAAUACAAGCACAUUGGGAAUGCAAAGGAAAUUCGAGUGACUCUGCUUAAACAGACAGGUGACCGGUUCACUGAGAUUUGUGCUUCAACCUACACAACGGAGUUUAAAAUGUUCCACGUGGAAGAGGUCAUUCAGUGUCACAUUAACCCUAGCCGAAACAACGUGACCCUCACCCUCACUGGCCUGCAAGCUAAUGAUACUGGUCUUUAUGUCUGCAAGAUGGAGCGGAUGUACCCUCCACCCUAUUUUAUGAACAAGGGAAAUGGGACGCAUCUCUAUGUCAUUGAUCCAGAACCUUGUCCAGACACUGCCAUAUAUCUCUGGGUAUUAGGAGCUACUGCCUCAGGAUUUUUUCUUUACAGUAUCAUCAUCUCAGCCAUUCUCGUGGGCAAAGCGAUAAAGAGAAGACGAUGUCUUACUACUGGGGUCUAUGUGAAAAUGCCUUCUGAAAAGCUAGAGAAAAAAGUGAUUCCAUUCCACAUCACUGUUAACUGAAAUGAGGAAAGAGAGAAACCUUUUCCUUGCUGAGAUGGAGUCUGCUCAUUCACUUAAGUUAAAGAAAUAAAAUUAAUUGUCUUAUUACAUAGGUGUAUGGGAAGGAGAAAGAAUAUUCUUUGUAACUUUUAUGGUUUGGAGGAGAAUAAAUACUUUAUGCAUUAAUAUUUCAAGGUUAACCCUGUCACAUAAAAAUGGCUACAUUAAGCCAUUGAUUCUUUGAGUUGUAUUGUACCAAUAUGUAGUCUAUAUAUAUAUAUACAUAUAUAUGUAUAGCAUUAAGAGUUAUUGCUGUUGAAGCUGAGCGUCUUACUGUCAAAUUUCACCUUGUCUACUGAUCAGCUGAAAUCCAAACACUAUUACAACACAAGAGGCUUGUGUGUCAUUGCAAGGCGAAUCCUAUAGGCAGCAGAGCACACUAAUGUACAAAGGAAUGUUGACUUGUUUCCCUCCAUUGCUAUUUAUUGGUCUCAUUUCUGGCAUUAGUGCUCUGCACUUCCACAGAGGCAUCACCGUAGGCUGGCACUGAUGGCUCUGCUGCUCCAAAAGCCUGACCUCAGCUCCUUUCACUCCUUGUGCCCCAGGAGUUAACACUGAUGGCAUCUGAGCCAGUGCUGCCAGCUCGGGUGGAGAGAAAGGCUGCCCAGCUGGAGCCCUCUCAGGCUGUUGCUGGGAAGAUGUUCCAGCUCUGCUGAGGCCUUGCGUUUUACAAAUGCUAAAUUAGCAUCUAUCCAAAAGGCAGAGGUAUGUUGCUGUGUUUAAUUGAGUCUAUUUUCCAUGAAAAUACUGACAGUGUAUAAUCUUGUUUAUUAGUUAUGUACCAUUCAAUAAAAACCUUGAAGCUUUGCCCAAA